AUGAAGAAUUCUGCGAGGAAGCUGAUCCGAAAGAUUAGCAAAACUAGCUUAAGUAGUACAACAAUAAUAACAACCGUUAGUAACAAGCCAGAUUUAAUAACUCUACAACAACAACAACUACAAAUUCAACAACUGCAGCAGCAGCAGCAGCAUCAACAACAACAACAACGUUCUUCACUUUUUAAAGGUUCUUCUUCAAAUUCAAAUAGCAAUUUAUUAAAUUUAAUAAACAAUGAGAAUCGCUUAGAUAGUUUACCAAUUCAAAUAGAUUCUUUAAACAAUAACAAUUCUUAUAACCAAAGCAAUCAGACAAAUGGAGGCAAUAAUAAUGAGACAUCAACAACAACAGCAACAGCAGCAGCAGCAAGUCAUCAUCAUCAGUCGGCUAAAGAUACAACAAUCAAUAUAAGUAACAUUCAAGGUUACGAUGAAAGAUCCAAUAUGACUAAGGCCAAGAAGUCCUUGCUUAACUUCAGAUCCUUUGAUUUUCACAUCAAAUCUUUGUAUUCGGGCUUACGCCAUUCAAAAAAUACACCCGAAACAGCAGUCCACCACCAACAUACACAACAACGUUCCGAAACUCACACAAACGGUAAUAAUGGGCAUAACAACCCUGUGGCAGCUCAUAAUCGAACGCCACCAUAUCUUAGAGUUGAGGAAGUGGACAUUGAGGAAUCCGAGAAUCUUCUUCUUGAUUAUCCUCAAUCACCAUACUCAUCGAGACGUAAUAGCGAAGAUAAUCGUUCGAGUGCAAACUUGUUGCAAAUAAACCAAUUUGAUAUGUCCAUUUCUCAAGGUAGUUCACCAUAUUUUUUGUCACCGAUACCAAUUUCGGGUAAUAUAAGACGUUCAUCUACGUCUGAUAUAAUGUGCAAGCGAAGCAGUGCAGGCAGUAGUGCUAGUUCGAGUCGACGUCCUAGCACAUCGGAUCUGUUACGAAAAGCUCGAGAACGCAAAGGCAGUGAGUCCAGUAGCCGAAUUGGUAGAAGUGUUUCUCAUGGUGGACUGCCACGUGGUGGAGGUGGUGGUGGUGGGCGAGGAGGGGGAGGUCGUCGAACAAGCAUAGCUUGUUAG